AUCUUCUUGUCAUCUCCUGCUCGUUCUUUGCUUGGUGCUAUUCUCUUUCCUGCUACUCCCUGCUUUUUCUUUCUUUCCUUAAUUUCUCUUCUAUUGAAGAGGAAGCUUUUUUGUGUAAGAAUGAAGGCGGCAAGGAGCAGAGCAGCUGCAACAAGGAAGGACAGCAAGGAAGCAAAACAGCCUGCUGAGGACAAGAUCGUCGGGAAGCGAAAGGCGGCAAGCCGAGCUGAUAAGAGUGACCAAAAACGCUCAAAGAACGUAACAUCAGCCAAGAAAGACCCGAAUAAACCAAAGAGACCUGCCACUGCUUUCUUUGUUUUUCUGGAAGAGUUUAGAACAAUUUACAAACAAGAACAUCCCAAAGUGAAGGCUGUUUCGGCUGUGGGCAAAGCAGGCGGAGAGAAGUGGAAAUCAAUGUCGAAUGCAGAGAAAGCUCCAUACGAAGCAAAAGCAGCAAAAAGGAAAUUGGAAUAUGAGAAGCUCAUGGCAGCCUACAACAAGAAACAGGAAACUACAGAUGAUGAGGAAGAAGCGGAUUCCGAAUCAUCAAAAUCCCAAGCGAAUGACAAGGAUGAUGAAGCGAGUGAGGAGGACGAAGAAGAUGAGGAUGAUGAUUGAAUCCGGGGUGGCUUCGGAUUAAGUUGUGUAAAUGAACCAUGUUAAAGGAAAGUAAUACUGUCUUAGUGACUCUGUGUGAUUGUGUGUUUACUUUAAAUCGUGUGCUUGGCUUUUCGAUGUGAAAGAAACAGCUCCUGUAUUUCUAUACUAGUCUCUUAAGCACGAAAGGUUUACAG